GUGUCAACUUUAGACUUGACAAUGCGCACGCAGAUGUUGACGUCAUCAACACUGUCCCCAAAGAUGUCUGCAACUCCAACAUCAUUGCCUCCGACGACAACACAUCUUCAUGUUAUAUUGGUGCAUCAUGGGAAGUGGUACCAGUCAAGUGUGUGUCAUGUUACACAGGCCUCCCACAACAGUACGCGUAUCCAUAUGCGGGACAUACAGAAGAAUUGACCUUUGACCUUGCUGCAGGGAUGAAGCUGAAGCUGGAAGUGUCAGGAGACACAACUCUACCCAACGAUGUCUGGAUGGUUACCCUGACCGAGGACUUCGUGUAUGUGUUGUCUUCGAGAUGGAGCACUACCCCAAAUGUAGCCAUCUUCAACACUAGGCAAGGUGGAGUAUUUGGAGCAGAGGAAAGACUGUAUGGUCUUUCAGUGAACAACAUCAGCAACUACCGUAUUGAAAUCAACAUAAGUCAGUCUACCUUCGAGACCUAUGUCGACGGAACUCUGUGGAUGACCAACCAGAUGCGUCUCCCGUUCAUUGAUGUCCGACGUGUAAAUGUUGAAGGCUUUACCGCACUGCGGAGUUUCCACAUUGGCUAUGAGAUGUGCUGAUUUCAAGUGAUGACUUUCACAUUAACUCUGCACAGAGAUGUAUAAACUUUGGUUUUCUGUUUGCCUGAUCUUUAAAUUUUUACAAUUAGUCUCCUGUAAUCAUCAGCAAUGUACUGUGCACGUUCACAUUUAGGCUACAUAGAGGCAUUUGUGACAUUGCCUCUGUGCUAUGCUGUGCUGUACUGUGAUACUUCUAACUAAUGUUGAUUCCUAACCCGUUAACCUGGAAUCACACCCUAUUCUUGCUAGGUCUGACACCAACAAACAACAAAGAACGUGAUGUAAGAAACAUGUGUAUUCUAACAGUAACAACGUUCACAAAUCAAUACACGUCACUUCAAAGAUAUUGCACUGGCGGUUCACGUCACUUCAAACAUAUCCCACUAGCGGUUCACGUCACUUCAAAUAUAUCGCACUAGCGGUUCACGUCACUUCAAAGAUAUCGCAGUAGCGGUUCACGUCACUUCAAAGAUAUCCCACUUGCGGAUCAAGUGGAGAGGCAGUGCAAAUUCAAAAGUUAUGCAAAACAAGAGUAGGCGGUUUGUUAUGAUUGGAAAAUGUGCACUACAAAAAUAACAAAAUUUUGUUGAUGUCCAAAUAUAUGUCAUUACAAAAAGAGUCACUGUUCACAAAAGCUUCUAUUUGCUUAUAUGAUUUUGAUUGUGUUUCUUUAAAUCAUACAAAUGUUUUGCCAUAAGAUGAACAUGGUUUAAUUCACUUUUGUGAGAAUUAUUAUGUAGGAUUCAAUUUGUUGUUUUGGACUUUGCAUUACCUCUGUAUACUGUCUUGUUGUUUGUUGUAUUUAAUAAACAGUGUGUAAAUGUA